AUACAACGUAUAGGUAAUGUCAAUUUCUCGUGAAAUAAAAUCAAGAAACAUCUGCUUGUGUAUUUUUAAUAAUAAUAUAAAAUGGCUAAGUCUAAGGAGAAAAAAGGGAAAAGUGCUAUCAACGAGGUUGUAACUCGCGAAUAUACAGUGAAUCUCCACAAACGCCUUCAUGGAGUUGGAUUCAAAAAGCGUGCUCCCCGAGCUAUCAAAGAAAUUCGCAAAUUUGCCGAAAAACAAAUGGGAACUCCGGAUGUGAGGAUUGAAACACGGCUUAAUAAACAACUUUGGUCUAAAGGAAUUAGAAAUGUACCAUUCAGAGUUCGUGUACGAUUGAGCAGAAAAAGGAAUGAUGAUGAAGAUUCUGCGAACAAACUGUUUACUCUUGUCACAUACAUACCAGUUGCUUCGUUCAAAGGUUUACAGACAGAAAAUGUUGAUGCUAGCCAAGAUUGAUUUAUUUAUAAUUAAUAAAUAGUUUUCACCAA